CACUCUCCUCCACGCGCCGCAGCCCCAGGUUCACCAUGGCCGCUCCGCCCGCCCCGCCCGUUCCGGGGCCGUUCCGAGUGCUGCGGGCCGGGCCGGGCCGGUUCCUGUGCUACGGCCGAGCCGGGGGCGCCGUGCGCGUCACCGACGGCAGCGACGUCUGGAGCGGCGGCCCCGAGAAUAGCGCCUCCGCCUGCCGGUGCCCGCCAGAGGAGCACAGUGCGAAGCUGAGGGAGGCGUUGGGCUGCGGGGCCGUCUCACUGAGCCUGGACGAGGGGUCCAUCACGCUGCGGCUGCUGGAGGAGGCCUCUUGCGUGUCCCUGAAUCUUCUGAAGCUGCCCGCUGCCGAGGCGAGGAGCCAGCUCCAGGAGCUGUUUUUCGACAUGGCAGGAUGUAUCGAGAGCCUGGAGAGACGCAUGGAAGCAGUGCUGCAGACCGCAGUGUCUCCCUGCAGCCCUGAGAAGAACGGGGCCUGGAGCCAGCAGCUUUUCCUGCCAGACCCCAGCCCCAGGAAGAGCAAGGGGGCUGGCUCAGCUUUGCCAGCCAAGAGGAAGAUCCCGGGGGAGUCUCUCAUUAACCCUGGCUUCAAGAGCAAGAAGGCACCGUCUGGAGUAGACUUUGAGGACUCCUGACCUCUGCUGUCCCGUCCUGGAGCUUUGUCACCACCUGUGUGGCUGCUGGAGGAGGUUUCAUUGUGCCCUGGGGCUGCGAAGCCCCUCUCACCCACAGAGGUGGAUGUGGCGAGCGAGACCAGAGAGCAGAGCCAGCGUCUGGCAGGCCUGAGCGGGCAGCAGAUCCUCCGCUAACACGGUGGCAGCACCUUUGGAGGGGACAGAAGGGGCAGCGGUGACAGAAGUGGUGGCUUUUUUUCCUUGCAUCUCUUCCUUCCUGGCAGAGGCCACCUCUCUACCUCACAUGCCAUGAAUUGGUGGGGUUUUUAAAGAACUUUUAUAUCGCUAUGUUAUGAAAAGAUGGGCUGCGCUUAACUUAUUGCUAAUAAAGCUGGUUUAAGCCAGCUGGUCUCUGGGGACCGGGACAGUACGGAUUUCUGGAUCCAUUCUGCCUUUUCCUUGCUUA